AUGGGUAAAGUUAAAAAUAAUAAGUUGCGCAAGUACAGGAAAGAUUGGGAGCAGAAUUCAUGGGCAAAAGGAUGGUUGUCUGAAGCUGACCCACUAGCAAACGAAGUAAAUGAAAGUUACUGUAAAGUUUGCAAAUCGUACUUAAGGGCACACUUGACCGAUUUAAAAAAACAUAGCACUACCAAAGUGCAUGUGGAAAAUAUGAAAAUGAUCAAGCCGUCUUCAAACCAGAGUAAAUUAAAUAAUAUAAUAAUUGUUACAAACGAACAAAAAGAGUUAGAUUUAAAACUUGCUGUUUAUGUAGCCACGCACAGUUCAAUUAGGAGUAUGGACCAUUUGUGUGAAAUACUCAAGUUAAUAGGAAAUAAUUCUUUGUUAACUAAUUUAAAGCUCCAUCGUACAAAGUGUUCAAGUUUAAUUAAAAACGUUUUAGGGCCUUCACUAUUGGAAGAUUUAGUUAAAGAUUGUAAUACUGGCCCAUAUUCACUCAUUGUCGACGAAUCAACUGAUAUUUCUGUUGUAAAAUAUUUAUGCCUGUGUAUAAAAUAUUUUAGUAUUAAGGAUCAAUGUAUAAAAAUUGAAUUCUUAGGAUUAGUCGAAGUAGAUAGCUGCACAGCUGACUUAUUGUUUCAACAUUUAUGCAAAUAUAUCAAAAAUAUAGGCCUUGAUAUUAACCAAUUAAUUGGAAUUGGCACGGAUGGAGCUAGCAAUCUCUGUGGGAAAAAUCAUUCGUUGUUUGCUCUUCUGAAAAAAAAUAAUCCAAAUUUACAAAUCGUUCGAUGUAUUUGUCAUUCGUUAAAUAAUGCAAUUUCAAAAGCUAGUGAUUAA